UUCUUACACGAUAUGUAUUUGCAUGUGUACAUGUCACUUUUUCAAGUCAUAUGUAAUUGUAUAUGGGUGUCAAAUUCAUUAUAUUUGGUUAGCGUUUACACGAUAUGUAUUUGAAUAUGUACUUUUAUUUGACAUGGCAGCUGAUUUAGUGUCAACAAAAAUUACUUACAGUUUGAGAAAAAUAAUUAAAUGGAAAUUUCCGAUGGACGCAAAAGAUAAAAAAAUUGUUUUGUUCGCUAUUGUAAUGUCUGUUGCUUCAAUGCGAAAGAAAAGGAGUAAAGUUAAAAGAUCGCGGCGGCAAAGAGCUCUAUGGAGUGAAAAGUGGUUACUGCGAAGAGAUUCCGGCCGAGGAUUGGCUUCAAUGGCUAUGACGGAGCUGUUCGUGGAAAAACCAAAAGCUUUCAAGAACUUUGCCAGGAUGUCAACAAAUACGUUCUCUGAACUACUAGAGAAACUUACUCCAUUUAUUGCAAAGCAAGACACACCGAUGCGUCAAGCAAUCUCUCCCAGCACGAGGUUGCUUAUAACACUUCGGUUUUUAGCCACCGGGGAAAGAUUUAGUCAAUUAUCUUUCGGCUUCCGAACAUCAGAUUCAGCAAUUUCACAAAUUGUAUCAGAAACUUUUAAAGCUAUUUACUUAGUUUUGAGAGACGAUUUUUUAAAGGUAUAAACCUUGACAAAUAUGAGACAUUUUACUAAUUGCUUAAACUAUUUUUUGUUAUAGAUGCCCCAAAAUAGCAAUGAAUGGCGCAUUGUGGCGGAUGAAUUUGAAAGGAAAUGGAAUUUCCCCCAUUGCUUGGGAGCUAUAGACGGCAAACAUAUAGCGAUUCAUUACAAAAAAGAGUACGGGUCUUAUUUUUUCAACUAUAAAGGAUUUCAUAGCGUUAUUUUGCUAGCCAUAGUCGACGCAAAUUAUAAAUUUUUAUAUGUAAAUGUUGGAACGAAUGGAAGAGCCAAUGAUGCCGCGGCCUUCAAUGAGUCAUCUUUUCUUGAGGGACUAAAAAAGAAUGCAUUUAACAUUCCACCGGAUUCAAAACUACCGGGCACUAAUGAAACGGUUCCAUUUGUAUUUGUGGCAGACGACGCUUUCAAGUUGACUUCUCGCAUAUUAAAGCCACAUGGCCAACGUUCAAGCGAUUACCACAAAAUUUUUAACUACCGCUUAAGUAGAGCCAGACGAGUAGUUGAGAAUGCGUUUGGAAUAUUGGCAAAUAGAUUCCAAAUAUUUCAAAGAAAUAUUGAUUUACCACUAGACAAAAUUGAGAACCUAACACUAGCUGCAUGCGCGCUGCACAAUUUCAUUACAACACGAGAUGGUUUCGAAAGCAUUCACCUAGAUUUGGAGGAUACAAAUACAAUAAAUUUAAUCGAAGGAUCUUGGAGAAACGAAGUAGCUUUAACUAGUUUACAAAGAUCACUUGCGAAUCAUUCAGCAGUUGAGGGAAGAACAGUCCGUGAAAUAUACACCAAAUAUUUUAAUACAACUGGUUCCGUUCCAUGGCAACUUAGUGCAAUAAAAAAAUUUAAUUUUUAAACUUAUGCUGGUUUUAUAAAUGCACUGCGUAGCAAAACUGUUUUUUUUAAAUAUCUACGAAGUUUUUCAAGCUAAAUUUAUUUUUUGGUUUUUUU